UAUAACAUUGUAUCAUAAAGUGUUAAAAACCUCCAUUUAAUGUAAAAAUUCAUCGGGAGGAGGUGGAAAACAUUUUCACUCCAGACCAGCUGGAGGCGCUAAAGUACCAUGACGCUGUUUGCUAACCGUCAAUAAACCACAGAAGAAGAACGGCACGAGGCGCUAGCAAGGCAGCAGCGUUAGCUUGUUUUGAGACGACGGCGGUGUUUUGCAGGGACGUUUUUGAGGUUUCUAAAGAGAUUUAGCGAUACAUUGUUCCACUUCGAACAAUAAUCUUUAGCUAAAGUGUCUUAAAUGAGCGAAUACGUGUUGAACGUAAAGACAACGUGGCUGUGAGACUAGCAGCAGAUGAUCGGAGCUGCUGGCGUUCAGAGGACUUUGGUGUUUGUUGGAGCUGAAGAUCUUUUGCAGCUGCAGUAAGCAUGUCUUCAGAAGAUCAGAUAGAGUCUGGUGCUGGAGAAACCUUCGGACUCCGUGAAGGAACCAUCGUCCAGAACGAGCAGGAGCUCCGUGGUCAGCGCAGACUGCCUGAGACCACCUGGAACCCGCAGCUGCAGCUCCACCUUAUGGUCUUCCCUCGGGAUUGGGUGAGUGAAGAGAAAAAUGUUCGUGACCAGCAGAGGAGCUGCAGAGUGGAACCAAAUGAUCCAGAACCUCCACAGACUAAAGAAGAACUGAAGGAACCAGAACGUGUACAGAUUAAAAAGGAACAGGAGGAACAAGAACCUCCACAAAUAAAAGAGGAACUGAAUGAACCAGAACUUGUUCAGAUUAAAAAUGAGCAGGAUGGACAAGAACCUCCACAGAUUAAAGAAGAGCAGCAGGAACCAGAACCUCUACAGAUAAAAGAAGAACCUGAGGAGCUCUGUAUCAAACAGGAUGAAGACCAGCUUGAUCUGAAGCAGGAGACUGAAACCCCGAUGGAGAUUCCCACUUAUGAGGAAAAGGAGAACAGUGAAGCAGAUCUGAACAAUCAGCAGAGCUUUAAUGGAACUGUUAGUCAGGAGGAAGAAGGAAACCAACAUGAAGAAUCAAUAUCAACUACAGAAGAAAAGACAGACCUACAGAACAGAGAUCAGAGGAAAAGUAUAGACGGUAGUCACGUCCUAGCUCUGGGUAGUUCUCACAUGUCAAAAAGUCAGUGUAACUCUGAUGUUAGAAAUGAAAAUAGACUUUCUUUUAUACAGUUCAGUAAAAUAAUAAUAUUUAGCCACAAUGUGCCUGUCCAUUUAAGAACAGAGUCUGAAGGACCUCAUGUCUGUGAGGAAUGUGGUAAACGUUUUGGUUACUGGUCUGGGUUAAAAAUGCACAUGAGAUCUCACACAGGAGAAAAGCCUUUUUCUUGUAAAGAAUGUGACAAAAGUUUUAGUCAGGAAUCUAAUUUCAAAACACACAUGAGAAUCCAUACAGGAGAGAAGCCCUUUUCUUGUAAAGAAUGUGAUAAAAGCUUUAGAAUCAUAUCUCAUCUCAAAACGCACAUGAGAACUCACACAGGAGAGAAGCCUUUUUCGUGUAAAGAAUGUAAUAAAAGCUUUAGAUACACAUCCGAUCUCAAAACACACGCGAGAGCUCAUACAGGAGAGAAGCCUUUUUUGUGCAAAGAAUGUGAUAAAAGUUUUAGUCAAAUAUGUAAUCUCAAAUCACACAUGAGGACUCAUACUGGAGAAAAACCUUAUCUUUGUGUAAAAUGUAAUACAAGUUUUAGUCACCUAUCUUCCCUUAAAAAACACACAAAAACUCAUACAGGAGAGAAGCCCCUUUCCGAACAAAAAUUGUAAUUAAAAAUUGAGUGAAAGUUGGGAACUUGAAAAACUGAGGAAGAGGCAGUCUUGUGUUGACAACAAAAUAAGGUGUUAAUUUGGAUGAAAUAUUGUAAAAAAGUUUGGGUUUUUUCCGAAGGAAGAUGAAAUUGUACUCUGAACUAGAACACUAAGAUUAAAAUCUUUAACUCAUGUUUUAUUUUACUUAAGUAAUUUAAAAAAAACUGUUUUCUGUCUCAGAAAAUUGGAUUUCAAUACAAUGAAUACAUUUGGUUAAAUUUCCAGAGGGCCCGCACUAAUAUGCUAAUUAACUCCAACACUUGCCAGGACCUUAUUGAACUUUUAAAUGGUCUAUCAGUCAAUAGACUGAAAUAGAUUCUAAAGUACUUCGCACAACUGUCUACUCACAAGCUGUGUGGAGAUUCUGAUUUUCCAGCAAUACUUUCUCAUUCUCACUCUACUAAAAGUGCUUUCAUGACCAAGAUGUUAUUGUAUUUGAUUAACCAGCAAAUUCUCCUGACCUGAACCACAUAAAAAAUCUAUGAACUUAUGAACUAUUGUGAAAUGGAAGAUGAGACACCAGACCUAAUAAUGAAAAUGACCUGAAGUCGGCUAUCAAAUCAACCUGAGAUUUCAUUACAUGUACACAGAGCUGCAGGCUGAUGGCCUCCGUUCCACAUUGAUGCAGUCAUUCAAUUAAUAGGAGGCACAAGUGAUUAUUGAAUGUAUAAAAAAGAAGAGUUUUCUGAAAUAUGCUGUGUGUGCUGAUAACAUCCUUUAUUGAUUCUUGUUAUAUAAUAUCCUAAUUUUCUAAGAACAUUUUUUUAAGGUUUUCAUCAUCUAUAAGCUACGAUGAUCACAAAUAUCAAUAAAGGAUUGUGUAAUGAUUAUGUAUAUCAUAAGAUUUACUUAGUGAGUUAAUUGACGAAAAUAUUCAACUUGUUCAUGAUUUUCAACCUGUAAAUAGAAAUAUUUUGAAUUGUAAACUAUUCACGAUUCACGUGUUUUAGGAAAUUUUUAUAGUUAACUUUUUGUUUGUUGAUUGUUAUUAGUAGACUUGUACUUGCAUUAUAUCAUGUUCAGUUAACCAUUGUGGUUGUAGUUUAUGAUGAGACAAUGUUCUCUAGGUCUGUGACAACACAAGAAUUAUUUCUAAUUGUAACACUUUAUGUAAUCCGUGAACAUUUCAAUAAUGUUUUUCAAGUAUAAAAUUACUACACUUUAUAGUUUAAAGGGGCCUGUACCAUGAUUGUCUUAAGUCUUUCUGAGUAAAUUAUAUCCAUACAUGUAUGAUCAUAAUUACAUUUGGAACACUGAUAUACAAAUGAUUUAGAAAAUAUUAUUUUUGUGAACUCUUUUUUUAUUUUUUUUGUACACCAUAAAAUUGUAUUAAAGCAGAGGUGGAUAUGGAAACAGACUGGUGUUUCUUUCUUGUGAUUCCUGUUUUCUAGUAGAGAUUAGAACUGUUUCUCUGUUCUUUUAGCUAUCAGUGUUCUGUCCCAAUCUUUCCUGUGAAGAAUAAAGUGGAUGUGAACAUCA